GCUGAAUUCAGUCGAGUGUAGCAUCAACAGGUGUUAAAAACGUGUUAACGAUUGUGUCGGGCGAACCUACUGCAACUCAUUUUUGUACUAAAAAAAUCUAACAAACCAAACCUAACCAAAACGAUAAAAAAAAGCUAAAAGAGAAAAACGAAAAAAGCUGAAAUAAGAAUUUAACAUCACAAAUAAUUAGAGAAGCAAAAUCUGCAAAGCGAGAUUAAAACCUAAAUAAAGAAAUAAAUUUUUUGGCUAUUCAAGCUCAAAGGAUUUAUAACCACUUCUGAACAAAAGAAAACAACUACGCAAAUCGAUAAAACGAUAUCUUUUUUUCUGGGGUUAGUAAACAAAUUUAACAAAAAUUGUGGACAAUACUUUCAAGCAGCAGAUACAUAUUUGGGCCAUAAGUUAUUGUUACCUCAGGAGUAUAUAAAUAUAAAUAAUUUUUAAUUAUAAGUUCUCCUUUAAUCACACCAUGUCACGCCAGUCCAGACUGGUACUACUCUUACUCCUCUCCAUAGGGGUAUGCCAUGUAGCCCGCUCCAGCCCUAAUCUAAAUAUUGUUCAUGAUGCCAUACCCGAUGAUCAGUUGGAUUUGCAGGAUGACAUUCUACCCUCGUCAGAACCUGCCAAGCCAACCAAUCAGGAGCAACAGCAUAUUCGCAUUUCCACUCCCAAAGUCAAGGAGAUACCAGUAGUUGUAUCUACGACAAGUGCCAAGAGUGAGACCUCCACAGCGGCUUCAACACAGAAAACUUUGAGUGACAAUACUUUGGAUGAUUUAGUGGAAGCCGCAAAGCAUUCUGAAGUUUUGGCCAAGGAUGCAAGAUUCCAAAAACUUGUCGCCAAAAAACUGAAUAACACUUCAACCACGUCCACCACCGCUGCGCCUGCCGAAAUUGUUUAUGAUGACAACUACGAUGAGGACAACUAUGAUUAUGAUGAUGAGUAUAACUACGAUGAAGCAACCACCACACCUACCAAGAAAUCCAAGAGCAAGGCUAAAUUGGCCACUGAGCAACCCAAAUUCCAAAAGAAACCAAUUGAUGUAAAACUUGUCAAGGGAGAAACCAAGACUUCUACCGUGAAAUCUUCGCUUGAAGACAAUAACAAAGAAUCCAAUUCCAUUGAAUUCCACAAUGACAAGACCUUAAAUGCCAAUGACGAAAACGAAGAGGAUGAUGACAGUUACGAUGACGAGGAUGAUGAUGAUUUCGAUAGUGAAAACGACAUCAACGAUGAUGAUGAGAAGAGCUAUACCGAAAGUGUUCCCUGUCCACGGUAUUGUAUAUGCGAACGUAACAUCAACAGUUAUUUGGUGGCCUACUGCAGUCGCAUUGAUCUUGGUACCCAAAAAUUCGGCAAGGAUAUCACCGAUUUGGUAGUCACCGAUGUGGGACCACAAUAUCCCAUUUUGCUGGAACCUUAUUUCUUUUCUAAACUGGGCCUAAAACAUGUCUCCUCCAUCAAAAUUGCCAACUGCACUAUUGAGUACAUGCAUCCGGAAGCUUUUAAGGAUUUGGAUGAUUUGUUCUCGGUGAAUUUGACCAAUGUUGGUUUGGCCAUCAUCAAUCCCGAUACCUUUGCCAAUAACAAGAAAUUGCGCAUGUUAACCAUCUCUGGCAAUGACUUGAGUGUCAUGUCCAGUGUUCAUUAUUUGUUGAAGUCUUCCAGCAUUGAAGAAUUGGAUUUGUCGCGCAACAAUUUGAUGGAAUUGAACCCCAAUGCCUUCUCUCAGCUCUCCAACAUCAUCUACAUUAACUUGUCGCAAAAUAAUUUGCAAAAGAUACCCGAUCAUGUUUUCGACAAAAUCGACACCAUUGAGGAAUUGGACUUGUCCUACAACUCGCUCAAGACCCUGCCACCCAACAUCUUUAAUGCCACUGCUUUGGCCAUCUUACACUUGAAAUACAAUUCGAUCACCAACGAUUUGCAUUUCGGUACUUCGGAUUUGCAGCAACUGGAUUUGAGCUUCAAUCAAAUUCACACCGUUCACCAUGGCAUGUUUGACAAAAUGUCCAGUUUGACCAAUUUGAACCUGAAGGGCAAUGGUUUGACCAAGGUCCAAGCCGAUUCCUUCUUGACCCUCAAGAACUUGCGUCACAUUGACUUGUCCAUCAAUGAAUUGGAUCAGAUAUCCAGCAUGGUCUUCUACAAGAACUCUGAAUUGGAUGUUAUUCGCUUGAACGACAAUCCCCGUCUCAGCCAAUUGCCCACCGAUGGUUUCCGCAGCUACAAUGGCUACUUUACCGUCUACUAUUUGGACAUCUCUAACUGUGCCAUAAGCUCUUUGGGUCACAAGACUUUCUCAACCAUGCCCCAUUUGGCCACCUUGAAACUGGCCUGGAACAAUAUCAACAACUUGGAAAGAGAUACCUUCUCCGCUCUCAACAAACUGAAUGACUUGGACCUGAGCAACAAUUUGAUUGCCAAAUUGGAUGAGCUGAUCUUUAUGAACAACAAUGACAUGACCAAAUUGAAUUUGGCUGGCAACCCCAUCCACAAGCUGUCCGUUCGUCUAUUCCUGCCUCUGCAUAAGCUACGUGAAUUGGAUGUUAGUGAUUGUGAGUUGAAGACUCUCUUGGCCGACAACCAAUUUGGAGUGGGACGCAAAUACAAAUUCUAUGAUACCCUCAGAUCUUUCAAUGUGUCCUCCAAUCAAAUCCACAAAAUCCAUUCCAGCGAUGUGCGUCAAUUCAAGAACCUUAGAAGUUUAGAUCUCACUCUCAAUCCCCUGAAGUGUAAUGAAGACUUCCAGGACUUUAUCAGCUAUGUCUCGCUGAAUACUCAAAUUAUGCCCCACAAGAUCUUGACUUUGGCUUCUUUGGAUGCCGAUAGUGCUGUCCUGCAACAUCAAGCCCAAGCCGGCUGGUCCGCCUUGGCCCAUGAGGUAUGCAAACACGAAGACUUUGCCCUCAAGAAGAAACUGACCUACACCAAGAUUGAGAAAGGCCUAGAAAAAGCCGACAAAGAUCUCGAUGAAGAUGCCAAGAACCUCAUGAACAUCAUGGAGAAUAAUCGUUUGCAAAAGAUCAUGAAGGACUCCAAGAAACGUAUUCAGGACGAGCAAGAUGAUGAUGACGAGGAGGACAUUGACGAUGACUUGAACACAGCCGAUGAGGAGAAGGAUGAUGAAGAUGAUGAGAGCAAUUAUGAUGACGAAGAUAACAACAAUGCCGAUGAGGAUGAUGAGGACACCGCCGAUUAUGAGUAUUACAAGGAGAAGGCCGAUGUUUCCAAGAGCUUAAAGGGUCAUACCAUACGUGUAGAAGAGGUCGAUUUGGAUAAGGAAACCAACAAUGAACGUUUGUUGAAUAAAUUCAAACUUUCCAAUUCGAAACACAACCGCUAUAGCGAAGAAGACGAUGAUGAUGAGGACGAUGAGGAUGAUGAUGAUGAAGAUGACGAUGAAUAUGAGGAGCGUAUCAUUGAACAUGGACGCAUCUAUUAUAGCGGUUAUAAAUUCCUUGUACCUGCCAUCAUAAUUGUCACUGUUGUGCUGAUUUUGCUUUUGGGCAUAGCCAAAAUUGUAUCAAUGGUAAUGCGCAAGCGCGGCGAACGGUAUCGCAUGUCUCUAUUGCAGGCGCACAAAAACUCCAUAGUCUAUCAGAAAUUGACAGAAGAUAUUGUGCCACCCAAAGAGCCUAAACAACCCAAAGUACAUCGAUAUGCGCCCAUAAGUAGUGCUUAAAAAAAACGAGGGAAGACGAUGAAAGAGAGUGUGUGAGAGAGAGAGCGAGCAUAUAGCGUUUUAAGAAUGAUCACUACGAGUAUAUGAUCAGAAGUUGAACGUGUUUAAUAGGCACACUUGUAUGUUUGGCUAGGCUUAGUUUAAUGUUAAAAGAAGAAAAAAUUGAUAAGUACAGAUCAAUGAAAUCAUAUAAAAAGUGGUCGAGCCCAAUGUAUUCUGGCAUUGCAUGCGCGUAAUUAUUAUUAUUUUUUUCCAACAGAGGGUUACAGUUUUUCUUUAUUUGAUUUUUAUUAUUAUUAUUAUUUUUUGUAGAUGUAUAAUAAACAUAAACAAAAUUCUUUUUAAAUUAAAUAACAAACACACUACACAAGUAUUUUGAAUUCAAGCAAACAUUUCCAGGGAGAAACUAAAAUUCCCAAAAUCCCCUUAAAUUCCUUUGUCAUUGUCUUUCGAGCUAUUAUUAAAUACUACAGAAUUAAUUUUAGUUUUUACACAAUACAUUAACGUUACUUUAAACAAAAUUCGUAAAAUAAAUCCACAUGUAAUACAACAAAACAAAUAAUGUACUAAGUUAAUGAAUUCUAAACAUUUAAUAAAACAAACAAAAGACAUUUCCUCACCACCUCCGCUAAAUGAAUAAUAAAAACGAAAUAUUUUAAAUAUUAUUUAAAACAAAAAAACGCUAUUAAAAAGCUCUUAUAAAAUAAUUAUUAUAAAACAAAAACAUUCUUAAAAAUUAUACAAAAAAAUACUAUUAGUAUUAGAAAGCUUCAAUAAAUCCCAAAACCCAAAACCGAGAACCCAAGUCAUAAGAGUUUGAUUAGCCCUACAAGAAAUUCUAUAAAAAAUAUCAACCAAAUUUUCCCCUUUAGGCCAUUUCCACAUCAUUUUAAAUUAUUUUGUUAUACUAUGGCAAAAUUUUCUAUAAAAUGAUUGUUCCGGUUUUCCACCCUUUCCCCCCCUCGUACCACAAAAAGUUAUUGCAUUUAGUCUCAGUUGGACAUUUUUUGUAAAAACCACCAGUAAAAUCAACAACUUUCUUUGCUCCCAAGUGCCAUUUGUUUGGUUGGUGGUGUAUCACUUCAAAUCAAAUUUUUAAAUUUAAUUUUGUUUUGUCGAUAACUUCCAAAUUAAAAAAAAAAAUAAACAAAAAAAUGUCCAUUAGCACAAAAAUUCUUUAAUAAAAAAAUUUUAUCAAGUUA